CACACACACAGCUGGAGGAGGAUGGUGAGGGGACAGACCCACAGGAUUGGCUGUAAUCAGGUCUGAUGCAGGAGCUGUUUUACCCCGGCGGGUGGAGGCAGAGGUGGUGUUUUUGGGUGGAUGUCUUCUGCACUGCAGCUCUGAUGGAGGCUUCAGAUGAGUCAUGCUGCUGCUGCAUCACCAUGGCAACAGAGAGGAGGGAGGGAGGGGGGUCUCUGAGUGACGCUGCACCGGAGGAAUUUUCCAGAUCAGACCGUCACUGCACGCGCUCAGAGCAGCAGCAGAGCCAGCGCCUCCUGCAGGCUGCAGAUGUCACUGCAGGUUCUGGAUCUGAUCCAAGCCGGAGCGGAGUGUCUCAGGGAAAACUCGGAAACUCGUCCUGGAAGCAGAGUGUGCACUAAAAACACAUUCACAGCCAAUCACAGCUGAUCACGCUGCAGACACAUCCGUGCGUGCUCAGCUCUUCGGACUGAAGCGGCGUGCGUUACUCAGGCUGGGAGCGCAGCAGUGUGGAGCGUUGGAAAGCUCUGGAAAAGAUGCCGUGUGAUUGGUUCAGUUUAUUUCAGAACCAUCUGGAUGAAUUGUCAUGAAAAUGUUCUCAGAGGUGCACUUUUAGGGUGGGGACUCGAUUUUAAGUCUUUCUCCUGGAAAGUCGACUCAGAGUUCCUCCUGUUUGUCUUUUCUGAGGACUUCCUGUUACAUCCUGUUCGGGAGCAUCAGGAGCCGCUGAGGGGAAAAGCUGCUCUGACUCAUCAGGUGCUCUCAUGUGUGCGUGAAGCACGUUCAGAUUCCCGGUUCAGUGGCACUAACGCUCAUUUAGACUCGUCUGCUUUUACUUCACUUUGACCUGAGCGUGUCUGAGGUCGCCCGGUCAGACCCGGCUUCCUCUGACCCAGGUCACCUGACAGGAAGAGCUUUUAUUGUUGACACCCCGCCCCUGGGUCAGCCCUGGCCCGGGUCUGAGUGAGGGGUACCGGAUGAAACGAGUUUCAGGCGUGUCCGAGGACCUCGACGCGUCUCUGCUGGAGCUCGCUGUUUGUAAUGGGGCCUCUGAUUGGAUGUGACUCGUCCCGCCCCUCACAGCAGACCGUUUCCAGGUCAGCAGUGAAAUCACGCUGGCCCGCCUUUGUUUCCCAGCUCUGUGAUGUAACUGUGACAUCAUCAGCGACAGCGCCCUCAUUGAGCCGUAAAAUCUAGGCCAGGACUGCAGUCAAGGUAACCAUAGCAAUGGGAUCAGUAGGCUAAGCUGUGACGCUGCUGGGGCAUGCUGGGAAAUGUAGUGAGCUCUGCCAGCUUCUCUCGUCAGUGUGCUGAAGGUAAUGAUGAGUAAAUACGAGUGGGUGUGUGUGAGCGACACACACCUGCGGUCACCUGCAGCAUCACUUCUUGAUUUUUCUGGCUGAAAUGUUUUUUGCUCCCAGUGUCUACAGCUGUUGGAGCAGAGUCAAUGUGUGAAGGAGGACACCGAGCCGUGUCACUUCCUCCGUUUGAAGCUUUAAUGAGUUUAAACGUGUGUGUGUGUGUGUGUGUGUGUGUUCAGCCCGUUGAACCACUGCUGCUGAUCUCAUCGGGACACGGUAACAGAGCAGAUUUCCGAUCUCGGGCCGUCGCUGGCUCAGUGACAUAACUGUGAUCAGCAGAGACUCGUGUGAACCUUUCACAGAAAGGUUUGUGCACGUGUGGAAACGAGGCCCGACGGAUAAAAGCUUAAAAUCCCAUUAGCUGGUCCAGGAUCAGUGCAGGUGAAGUGACGGAGGAGGACUCCAUCAUGAGGUCGGCCUGCAGAGAGCUCCUGAUACUUUAACCUUCUGUGGUCACGGUAACAACGGUAACAACCAAACUACUGUAAAUAAUACAAAUUAUAACAGACAGCUCGUUAUAAAAGUCCGAGUACAUCACACACACGAAAUAUCAAACAGGCUGUAACCGCUGCACCGUGUGCUGUGCAUCGAGUGGAGGCGUACAGGCAGGAAGGGCUUCCUGUGUCGUUCAGAGGUGCAUUAUGGGUAAUGUCUGUGACUGGCCAGCACCUCACGGAGUGGGGGUGAGGUGUUGUCCACCAUUGUACUUAUCUUGGACAACAUCUGCCUCUCUGACACCACCCUAAGGGUUUCCAGCUCCGCCCCCACAACAUUACUGACCUUGUGAUCAGUCUGAGUCGUUGCAUCACGUGACAUCACGGGUACUCUGACUCAUCCAACCGUCACAGAGUGACCCGAAAACCUCUGAAGAUGGAGGUCUGUGUGCAGAGGGUGCCGAGGAAGGGGAGAGGGCGGUCCCCUGGUGGUGGCGUGAGGCGGUCCUCUGAAAGCUGAAUGAAUAAAAUCCCACCGAGUUUACCAGAGGUUCUCUGCGAGGAUGCGGCAGUAAGCAUGCUCAGAGCCCUGAUCGUUACCAUGGCGAUUACCAGCAGCCACGCGUGCAGCGGUCAGGAGAACUGCUCGGCCGAUGGCGACGGCGAGUCCAAAGACUACUGUUACUCGGCCCGCAUCCGCAGCACCGUGCUGCAGGGGCUGCCCUUCGGCGGCGUGCCCACCGUGCUCGCACUCGACUUCAUGUGCUUCCUG